AUGGCCAUGCUUCGUCAAUCUAAGAGCCUGCUGGCACGAAGCAGCCUGCUACGCCCGACGGUGAUGACGGCCUCGCGCGGUGUCAGCGUCUCGGCUUUUGUCGCCGAAGCAUCCUCUUCCAUCAACGCCAGCGUCAGCGUGACAGGCCCAGCGGGUCGGAACCUUGCAGCUGAACAGAAGGAAAGGCAAGAGCUCGCACAUCAAGCCGAGAUCGUUUCCGAUGCUCCACACGAACUGACGCAGCGACCCGUGCGAAUCUUCAAGCCAGCAAAGACUGCCAACUCGUCUGGCAAGGCUGGCACCAGCUUCUGGCGCAUCGACUGGGACAUUCUGCAGGGAUCAGCUCGCUGGGAGAAUCCUCUCAUGGGCUGGGCCUCAUCUGGUGACUACAUGCAAGGAACUUCCCUCAAAUUCCGCACCAAAGAGGAUGCGAUUCACUUCUGCGAGAAGCAAGGCUGGGACUUCUUUGUACAGGAACCAAAGUCUGCUCGUAUUCCACCAAAGUCGUACGCUGCAAACUAUAACUAUUCUCCUGGCAAGCUCAAAGUCUACCACACCAAGUAA